GAACCGGGUAAGAGCCCCGCUGCCACUGCCCUUCUCCGCACCCCAUCCCGUUUGGAGAGACCGUCGCCGUUGGCACGGUAGCAGUUUGAGCCUGCGUAAUCAUGGAAACAUGUAGCUAACUCGCUGAAACGGACGUCUUUUGAAGCCAAGGAGGGUCCGCCGCUACGUGGAACGUGAAGCAGCGAUGGGCGGCCACGACGACGACGACGUCAGGCCGUACGUGGCCAACAAGCAGCGCGACGAGGAGCUGCGAAAGAACAAGUUGAACGACUGGUGCGAGCACGAGUCGACAGGCAACAAGGCCAAGUGGCACAAGGAGGGUCAGAACCAGCUGCGCAAGGUGAGCGAGAACCAGCAGGAGCAGGACCACAACUGCAACAUCAGCCACAAUGGCAACCCGGACGGGGGGCGGGACGAGUCCCCCAAAGCGGCCACCCGGGAAGAGGCCAACAACAUCCUCAACGAGCCGCUCCUCAUCCACGCUGUGGACGAGGAGGAGAAGGAGAAGGAGAGGGAAGAGGAGGACAAGGGGGAGAAGUUGGAGGAAGCUCCUCCAGAUGAAGAAGGUGCCCCCAAAGGACAAGAGGGAGGUGUCCCCGGCAAGAGCGCCUGCCUCCUGUUCGCCAACGUCAACGGGAUACCGAGCGACGAUGAGGCCGACUGGUCCGCCGCCAGCCCCGAUAACGCUGCCGACGCUUCUUCUCCCAACGGCAACCGUGACUCCUUCUGGGACUCUAACGCCUUCGAGACGGACACGGACCUGCCGGCCGGCUGGAUGCGUGUGCGCGACACGUCGGGCACCUACUACUGGCACAUCCCCACCGGCACCACCCAGUGGGAGCCCCCCUCCCCACUAGGGCAGGUGGGCGACUCCACGAUGCCCUCCGCCGUGUCUCCGGAGAGGACGCCGUGCGAUGAGCCUGAGGAAUCCUGGCCGCAGUUUUCCAGCAUAGAGGAAGGCGGCGCCGACGGACAGCUGUGGAAGGAGGAAGGAGAGGCCGCGUCGGAUCGAAGCCUGCGAGAGUUUGAGGGGGCCACUCUCCGCUAUGCUUCCAUCAACCUCAACUACAACUGCUCCCAGUCUGAGGAUGAAGAGAACCCGGUCCCACUCUGCACCGAUUUAGAAAGCAAGUGCUUUGCAGUGCGUUCGUUGGGCUGGGUGGAGAUGUCGGAGGAUGACGUGGCGCCGGGCAAGAGCAGCGUGGCCGUCAACAACUGCAUCCGCCAGCUGUCCUACCACAAGCACAACCUGGACGACACGGCCGGCAUCUGGGGAGAGGGCAAGGACAUGCUGAUGGUGCUGGAGAAGGACACCAUGAACCUGAUCGACCCGUUGGGACAGACGCUGCUUCACGUGCAGUCCAUCGGCAGCAUCCGCGUAUGGGGCGUCGGCAGGGACAACGGCAGGGAUUUUGCCUACGUGGCCCGGGACAGUCUGACGCAGGUCCUGAAGUGUCACGUGUUUCGCUGCGACUCGCCCGCCAAGAACAUCGCCACCACUCUGCACGAGAUGUGCUCCAAGAUAAUGAUUGAAAGAAAGGCGUCCAAGCCCGGCCUGAGUCGUCUCAGCUCAGACACGGGCAAGCCGUUGUCCGUUGAAGAGUUUCCGGCUCCCAAGAACGAACUUUUCCAGCGCUUCCAAGUGUAUUACCUCGGCUGCGAGCCCGUGCUCAAGCCAGUGGGCAUGGACGUGAUCAACGAGGCUCUGGAGGUGGCCGUGAAGGGCAAAGACAAAAAUGACUGGACUCCGGUGUCUGUCAACGUGGCGCCCGCGACGCUCACCAUACUCGCUAAACAGACGGACGAGGUCGUGUCGGAGUGCCGCGUGCGCUUCCUGUCUUUCAUGGGCGUGGGCAAGGACGUGCGCACCUUCGCCUUCAUCAUGGCCGACGGCCCGCGAGACUUCACCUGCCACAAGUUUUGGUGCGAGCCCAACGCCGCCAGCCUCAGCGAGGCCGUCCAGGCCGCCUGCAUGCUACGCUACCAGAAGUGUCUGGACGCACGUCCGCCCAGCCUGGUGUCUUGCUUGCCCACCCCGCCCGCCGACUCUGUGGCCCGCCGCGUCAAGAAAGGAGUGCAGAGCCUGCUGGGCAGCUUCAAGAGUUACCGUUCGGGCUCCCAGUCACCUUGAUGGGGCUGCCGCGCCGCCAAGGUCCAUGCAAAACGGCUCCAAUUUUUUCCUCACACUUUUUGACACCUUACACACAUGCUCAAGGGGCAAAAGGCGACCUGAUUUUUAUUUUUGGGAGGAAACUUUCCUCUCCUAAUAGAUGGCAUUCCAGCCUUACUGGGAUUCUUUGAUGUGAUUCUCAACUAUUUUUGUGUUUUAACAGAAACAACGCUUGGAAUGUUGGGACAUUCGUCACGUGAUAAAAGAUGCUCGAAUGAGCGCUGUAGAUUGUCUCUCACAUACACACGCACUACGUUGUUCCCUAUUAGUAUGCGAAGUGACAUUGGAAGUUCUGGAACACACGCAACCUAAAUUGUCAACCACUUGAAUCUCCUCAUGGCAGCCUUUCAGGAUAAAUGCAACCAUGUACAGUAGAAAAUGACUUCAUCUAAGAUUGUUUCAAAAAACUCCUUCGCACGCUCAGCCCAAUGCGUCAUUUAUUGUUUUCAACUUAGUUGCCAGACACAAAGACGCCACUAGGUGGUGCCAAAGCACGGUGGCCAUUGCUGCGGCAACCUCAAGUUGGAGGGCCAAUUGCCAACGGGGCUGCACUCGACAUUUCGACUUUUCGUGCGAGUCUAUGUUGAGGCUGAGCUAAGCGUGCCACAUAACGCAACACAUACAUGCAUCAUCAGUGGCCAUCGCUGAGAUGGCGAGGGAGGCUCAGGCAGGGCGGGGCUGAGCUUCCCGCGCCGAUGCGCGUAACGUACGUGAGUCUUCCAAAGAGAUAGUCAUCGUUCUUUCGUUGAUUAGCAUGCAAGUUGAGUGUGCAAUAAGGACCUUGUUGGAAACGUCAACAACCCGGCCCGCACUGUUGCCAACGCACACACGUGCUCACAUACACUCGCUCGGUAGUGCUGUACCAUGCAUGUUUACCUUUUUGGUGUAUCCUCUGCGUCCUGUUCUCUCUCUUUGUGCGUGCGUCGAAUUAGAAAGUAGCCGUAGAAAGCGGCCACGCAGCCGCUUUGUUUUUCUUUGGGCACAAAACCAUGAGCAUAACUUCUCCACGCUCAAACGUUUUGUUGCUUUUUGCUGUGGAUGUACGCAACAAGUGAAUGAUCUCAUCAAUGAUGUGUCGUAGCACCCUAAUAAUGAUUGAAAAAAAAGGAUGUAUAAGUAAUGUAUAGAUUUCUAUCUUAGCAACACUAACCCACCCAUGUCAAUCCUCGUCACGUUUGCUCAUCGUGUCCCGCGCCCAUUCCCGGCUAGUGGCAUUAAGUUAUUAUUUCUUCCCAUGUACAUUUUAGAUGUUCAAAAAUGGAUGUAUAUACACUACAUAUAUAUAUAAAUAUAUACAUACACAAGAGGUCAGCGCACAAUAAAUGUCAACAUAUCA